AUGCCGGCCAACGAGACGUCCGGCCAUCCGUCCACGACCGCCAAAGUUGACGAAAACACGACUACCCCCAAGAUCACCCCUAAUAUGUCUUAUGUCGCCAGCCCGAAGGUCACUUUGACGCCGCGUGCUUUAGAAAUUCUUCGGGAGCAGAUCCUCCCAAGGAUCCAGAGGGACAUCAAGAAGGACUUGGCCGCUUUUGAGAGACAGGAGAAGAUGAGAGCUUCUCAAGCGGAGAAGUAA